AUGGCGCAAAUACGCGGCACCGCGGGCUAUAACCUCGGACAUCAGAAUCCCUUCGGCGGGCCAGGAAGGGCAGACGCGACCAGCGACCCGAGUCCGCUGGAUGCUAUCCGCGAGCAGACGAGCAAGAUCGAGGACUGGCUGGACACGCUGUCCGAUCCGAUCAAACCAUAUUUGCCGGCCAUUGGCCGGUUCCUGAUCGUUGUCACUUUCCUUGAAGACUCGUUGCGGAUUAUCACGCAGUGGAGUGAUCAGCUAUUAUUCCUGCGGAACUACCGUGGCAUACCAUGGGGCAUUACUCACCUGUUCCUCAUCUUCAACGUCAUUACCAUGCUCGUCUGCUCCACGCUCGUCAUCACCCGCAAGCACAGCGAGUUUGCCGUCGGAGGGCUGCUGGCGGUCGUCGUGACCCAGGCGCUGGGCUACGGCCUGAUCUUCGACCUGAACUUCUUCCUGCGCAACCUGAGCGUCAUCGGCGGUCUGCUCAUGGUGCUGUCCGACUCGUGGGUGCGCAAGAAGUUCGUUCCCGCCGGCCUCCCGCAGCUGGAUGAGAAGGACCGCAAGAUGUACUUCCAGCUGGCCGGGCGGGUGCUGCUGAUCUUCCUGUUCAUCGGGUUCGUGUUCGCGGGGCAGUGGAGCGUGUGGCGGGUAAUUGUCAGCCUGUUUGGCUUCGUGGCCUGUGUCAUGGUGGUUGUGGGCUUCAAGGCCAAGAUGAGCGCCGUCAUCCUGGUCGUGCUGCUGAGCGUGUUCAACGUGUUGGUCAACAACUUCUGGACCCUGCAGCCCCACCACCCGCAGAAGGACUUUGCCAAGUACGACUUUUUCCAGAUCUUGUCGAUUGUCGGAGGAUUGUUACUCCUGGUCAACAUGGGCCCUGGCCAGUUCAGCGUGGACGAGAAGAAGAAGGUGCGCUUAUUUCAGAGUCAAUUAUUAACAAAAUCCUAUAACAGUGCGGUAUUUAUUGAUUGGAUAGGAGAUACAACAACUCUUAACAUGCACAUACUCGGGAAACUUUGCCCUGCUUCUACUUAUUUACUUAGUUAUUUAUCCUACAAUCUUGUUUCUUUUGAAAUGCGGCAUGACCCGAUCGCCAAGCAUGAGCAGCUCUGUCCUGGGCCCUUAGAAGCCGUCAAGGCUUUUCGAGAGGACUUUGAUAUCAAUGUCCUUGAGUUGAUACUGCAG